AUGAGACGGCCAGAUGCUGGCGACGAAUUCGACAUCGACGUCGUCGGGCUAUCCCCCUUCCCCUCAGCUGAUGAGCAGCAGCGUCGGCGAAUUACUUCAGAAUUCAUGGGGAGAUCGAGUGGAGCUCGAUUUCAAUUCCGUGAACUCCAUCCGCACUUCUUCAAAUUCUUGGAGAAGUUCCUCGCAGUCGUCGCGGAAUCCCAGGCAACUUCGUCAAAUCCUCCGUUCGAUCGCUUGCAGUUCGUCGAAGAAGAAUCCUCCAUUUCUCUCUCUCUCUCUUCCUCUCUCAAACUUUUUGAAAACCCCUAUCUAUGA